AUGGAGACGCUGUUCCGCCUGCCCUUCGCCGUGCUCGAGUGCCCCAACAUCAAGCUGAAGCGGCCGAGCUGGGUGCACAUGCCCUCGGCCAUGACCGUGUACGCGCUGGUGGUCGUGUCCUACUUCCUCAUCACCGGAGGAAUUAUCUAUGACGUGAUCGUGGAGCCUCCGAGCGUGGGGUCGAUGACAGACGAGCACGGGCAUCAGAGGCCGGUGGCUUUCUUGGCAUACAGAGUAAAUGGACAGUAUAUUAUGGAAGGCCUUGCAUCCAGCUUCCUCUUCACAAUGGGUGGCCUAGGAUUCAUAAUUCUGGAUCGAUCCAAUGCACCAAAUAUCCCCAAGUUAAAUAGGUUUCUUUUGCUCUUUAUUGGAUUUGUUAGUGUGCUUUUGAGCUUCUUCAUGGCCAGAGUUUUCAUGAGGAUGAAAUUACCGGGCUACUUGAUGGGUUAGUACCUCCUGUGCUGUGUGAAAGUUUGAGCUGAAUUUACUCCUCUUCACGAAGUGUUUUAAGAAGAAACAGCAAGAAACAAGUUCCAUAGUCACCAUCAACAGCAAAGAGACCUGGCCAUGAGAAACACCUAAGGAAAGAGUGCUUUCUCUGCAAACUCUCACUACCAGUGGCUGAUCUGUAGUUUCAAGCAAUGUUUUAUCAUUUCUGAUGUAGAGCUUUUGAAAAAGAGAAAGUUAUAUAGCGGAGUAUUUCUUUUAUAUUCCAUUUCAGUAUGAAGUAGAGAAUCUCCCAUUAGCUCUACCUGAAAUGAGUAUUUGCCAUUGACGGUUCUUUGUUGCAGGUCUGUCUCCUCUUCCCUCUUUUGUGUGGGACAAUUAUGUAUGUGAAUCAGAGAAGAAACACUCAAAACAUUGAUUUCCAAGUUGUAAUCAGAUAAUUAGUAACUUUGGAUGUUUGACAGCCAGAAUACGUGUCUGAAAUUAUUGUGAAGGCAUCUUUGGCCUUGGUAUUAAUGAUAUUAAUGCUCUAUGUGAGCAAAUCCAGACAUGCACUGGGAAGGGCAGAUUGUAUGAAUGUGCAUUUUUUUUUUUUAAGAAAAAGUGUACAAAAGGAGCCAAAUAAAACUUAUUUUCUAAAAAAUUAUUUUAAUUUUGCGCAACUUGUAAAGCUUUUUCUUGUUUGCAUGGACUGUUCUGCAUUCAUAGAUGAGGUGCCAUACCAUGAACAAGUAAUUUCAGCAUUGUUUUUUAAAUACUGAUUUUUUUC